CUUGGCUUGGUUACAUCUAUUAUAGCACCUACAACCAUGGUGGAAUGAAAGUCCCAAUGAUCGCAACCACGGCUAUACACCCGUUGUUUAGGCCGGUUUCUCGCGACAAUUGCUAGAUAUUGUGGCCGGUCUCUUUUAUCCGCUUCUACAAGGUUUAAAAGGUUUAGUUUCCCUCGGUUGGGUAUGCUAGAAAGAUUUUGUAUAAAUGAUUUGAAACCCUUAUGCGGUUAGGCACUAAACUAGAUAGUUCUCUUACUCUCACCGGUUUAAUUGGACAAGCACAAGAGGAAUAUUUCAUGGAACUGUCAAUAGAAAUUUUUCAACACGAGCCAGGAUAUUUUCCCAAAAUUUUCCUCUGCAUAAGUUCCUUUUUCUGAAGGCGUGAACCCAAUCCCUUGAUAAUAAAGCUCGUCGCUAUAGAAAAGUAUCGUUGGGUGGAGCCAAGAAUGGUGCACUAUAACUAUACGUAUUUGUUAUAAGCUGCAUAUGUACAGUAAGCUGUUAACUGAAAAUAAGCCAUGGAUUCAGAAUCGCCAGUACGCCAAUAAUGAGCAAACAUCAAAGAGAUAUAACCAACCUCCUACCUUAGACAGUUGGAGUCUAGCAAAUCAAUAUGAACGUAGGAACUGCAGCGAUGGAGAGGCCGAAAAUCGGCACUGUCUGCUCCAUUAAUCAAUUCUGUAAUAAUAUCUUGGUGGCGUCGAAGCUCGAGUUCUGAUACAAA